GGCACUGUCGAACACUUGAGGAGUUCCCGGACUCGGCCACGUCGGCCGGUCCAGCCGCGUCGCCGCUCCCCUGCCCGCUCCGGCCAUCCGCGUUGACGUCGCGCCGGGGUAAACCACACAAGACUUUGACUUUCUCGCCGCCAUGCGCGUCCCCUCUUCCUCUUAAGCCCCGUGCACCAACCGUGCUCCGUCCUAUUGCCGUCCCCGCACGCCUACUCUGCUCACCAUGGCUCGCUCCACCUGUCUGUCGCUCGUCACCGUCGCCAUGGCCGUGGCCGUGGUCGCGGAGCUCGCUGCUGCCGGCGAGGCGUCUUCCGGGAUCGGGUUCGACCUGCACCACCGGUCCUCGCCCGUGGUGAGGCGGUGGGCGGAGGCGCGCGGCCACGCGUGGUGGGCCGAGGCCGAGGGCACGCCGGAGUACUACGCUGCGCUGUCCCGCCACGACCGCGCGCACCUCGCCCGCCGCGGGCUGGCCGAGGGCGACGCGAAGGGGCUGCUCAACUUCGCCAGCGGCAACCUCACGUUCCGGCUAGAGGGGUCGCUGCACUACGCGGAGGUGGCCGUGGGCACGCCCAACGCGACGUUCCUGGUUGCGCUGGACACCGGCAGCGACCUCUUCUGGGUGCCCUGCGACUGCAAGCAGUGCGCGCCCAUCGCCAACGCCUCGGAGCUGCGCGGCGGGCCGGAGCUCCGCCCGUACAGCCCGGGCAAGUCGUCGACGAGCAAGGCCGUGACCUGCGAGCACGCGCUCUGCGAGCGGCCCAACGCGUGCGCCGCCAACAACAGCACCAGCUGCCCGUACACCGUGAGGUACGUCUCCGCCAACACCUCCUCCUCCGGGGUGCUGGUGGAGGACGUGCUCCACCUCAGCCGGGAGGAGGCCGGGGGCGCGUCUUCGACGGCGGUGAAGGCGCCCGUGGUGCUCGGGUGCGGGCAGGUGCAGACGGGCGCGUUCCUGGACGGCGCCGCCGUGGACGGCCUGCUGGGGCUCGGCAUGGACAAGGUGUCCGUGCCCAGCGUGCUGGCCGCCGCCGGCCUCGUCGCCUCCGACAGCUUCUCCAUGUGCUUCAGCCCCGACGGCCUCGGCCGCAUCAACUUCGGCGACGCCGGCCGCCGCGGCCAGGCCGAGACGCCCUUCACCGUCCGGAACACGCACCCGACGUACAACAUCAGCGUGGCGGCGAUGACCGUGGAGGGGAAGGAGCUGGCGGCGGAGUUCGCCGCCGUCGUCGACUCCGGCACGUCCUUCACGUACCUCAACGACCCGGCGUACACGGAGCUGGCCACCAGCUUCGACUCCCAGGUGCGCGAGAAGAGGGCCAACCUCAGCGCCUCCAUCCCGUUCGAGUACUGCUACCAGCUGGCCCGCGGGCAGACGGAGCUGUUCGUGCCGGAGGUGAGCCUGACCACCAGGGGCGGGGCCGUGUUCCCGGUCACCCGCCCCUUCGUGCUCAUCGCCGGCGAGACCAGCGACGGCCAGAUGGUCGCCGUCGGAUACUGCCUCGCCGUGCUCAAGAACGACAUCACCAUCGACAUCAUCGGCCAGAACUUCAUGACCGGCCUCAAGGUGGUGUUCGACCGGGAGAGGUCCGUCCUCGGCUGGCACGAGUUCGACUGUUACAAGGACGUGGAGAAGGAGGGCCACGGCGGGAGCCCCGGCGCGGCUCCGGGGCCGUCGCCGACGACCCGUAUCAAGCCGCGGCAGAGCGAGACGACGCCGUACCCCGGCGCGGUGCCGGUGACGCCGAGGCAGGCCGGCUCAGGCGGCAGCCGCCUCUCCUUCUCCCUGGCGCUGCUGCUUCCCCUGCUGGCUUACGCCGCGGCCGUGGUCUGACAUGAUCGGCGCGGGAGAAGUGGUGUACAUACAUACAUACAAAUUAGUAGUCGAAUUCAGAAUUUUGAUACAGAUUCAUAUACUAGCUAGGUCGAUCAUUUAUAGGUUCGGUUUUGCUGAUUGGUUUGUAGUGAGGAAGCCCAUGUGUACAUGCGGCGUGUCACAUGCAGAUGCGAAUAAAAACAUACAGAUGCA